UUCUUUCUUCCUUUCUUUCUCCUUUUCUUUGCAUUGUUUUUCUCACUCGCCGCUUCUUCUUCUUCUUCUUCUUCGUUUCUUGAUUUCUCUCGUCGCUGCAUGUUUUUCUUUUGACUCUAACCAUCUCUGUGGAAUUUAUACCCGAAGAAGAAAAUGAUGGCUGCUCCUUCAGGCGGUGGCGGAAGCGUAGGAGCUGGUGGAACAGGUUCGGCUCUUGCUCCGUCGUCUCUUCCGCCGCCUCGUCCGAAGUCUCCGCCGGAAUAUCCUGAUUUGUACGGGAAACGCAGAGAGGCGGCGAGAGUUCAGAUGCUAGAGAGAGAGAUUGGUUUUCUCGAGGGUGAAAUUAAAUUCAUCGAAGGCGUACAACCAGCUUCUAGAUGCUGCAAGGAGGUCUCUGAUUUUGUCGUUGCAAACUCUGACCCAUUGAUCCCUGCACAACAAAAGAGUAGAAGACCCUGCCGGUUCUGGAAGUGGCUCUGUAGCGGUAUUCCGUGUUUGAGCCUGGCGAGUUUCUGCUGUUGUUGCCAAUCCGAGUGUUCGUGCCACCUGAGGAAGCCCAAGUGCUGCAACUGCACAGGUUGCAGCUGCAUUGGGUCCAAAUGCUGUGACGGGUCGUGCUGCUCAGAUAUCUGUUGUUGCCCGAGACCAAGCUGCCCGAGCUGCCCGAGCUGCUCGAGCUGUUCAUGCUUCCGAGGUUGCUGUUGUUCUUGUCCGGACCUAUCUUGCUGCAUUCCCACCUGUUUCCGUGGCUGCACUCGACCAUCGUGUCUGAGUAAGAAGAAGAGCUCAUGCUGCAGCUGCAACUGCAAGAUCAGAUGGUCUUCUUGUUUUAGAUGUCCCAAGGUACGACUUUGUUGUUGUUUUUGCAACUGUAAAAAUCUAUGUUCUAAUCCAUGUUGUUUAGCUUUCUAAAACAUUAUUAGUAUUACUAUUGCUAUAGCUAAUUUUCUCUCUGAGUCAUAUUUUUGUUCAUUUCUUAUUUAUCUGUUAAAAGGAAGGAAGUCUUUCUUAAUUUUUGUAAUUAAGUUGUGAAUGCUAAAACCAAAAAAUAAAAUAAAAACUUGU